UUUAAUUAUUUAAAUACAGGUAUCCAGGAAAGUACCCCGUUCAACGCUGGCAACAUUAUCAGCGCGGUGGUUAUGUUUGUCAUAUUCGCCGCCUGGUCUGUACUUACCGUCGCUAUACUGUUGCUUAUGGAGGGCUUGUCAGCAUUUUUGCACGCCCUGCGACUUCACUGGGUCGAGUUUCAGAGCAAAUUCUACGAAGGUGCCGGUUACGCAUUUCUACCUUAUUCAUAUAAAAAUAUUGUCCAACAGCUGUUGAGACCCAAAGAUUAGACCAAGAACAUUAUGUUAAAAAUAUUAAUUAAUUAUCGA